AUGAGGGAGUUGAAGGAGAAGGGAAAGAAACUCAAAAAUGGUGAAAAGGAGGGGAAAACCGUGGGUGGGGCAGUAGGGAUUUUCGGGACUGUCUCAACAUCAAAUGGGCAAGAAAACAUGGUGAUGUUGGCUAGAAAGAAGGAACUCUUCUUGGAUUAUGAUGAUUAUAAAGAUGUAUUUCCCAAAGAACUUCCGCAAGGAUUACCCCCGCUUCGGGGAAUUGAGCAUCAAAUUGACUUUGUGCCGGGCUCACAAUCGCCAAAUAAGUCGGCUUACAGAAGCAACCCUACGGACACCAAAGAAUUGCAACAUCAAGUUAAGAAAUUCCUCAACAAAGGGUAUAUCAAGGAGAUCAUGAGUCCGUGUACGGUUCUGAUGCUACUG